CCCUUCUCCAUCCACCAUCCAUCCACCCUCUUGGGCCUCCACUGCUUUUUGAUUUUACACGAGACCCAGGCCCGCCCCCUAACUAAAACAAACACUUGCACUCGCUUCCCUCUAUCGCCUGGGUUAUUGAGCCCCUACUUGCGCCGCUAGUCAAGUCCGCACAAAGGCGCUGCGGUCCCGGGGAGUCUCAUCCAAGAUGCACAGCUAGUCGGCCGCUGCCGCUUGUGCUGUUGUUCCACCCGCGCUUUCCAGGUUCCUGCCUCCCUGUAGCCCACCGUCCGCUCCCGGGUCCCUCCUUUCGAGCCUUGAGUCAGCCGGCCGUCGACACACUUGCCAUUCCCGGUCUCGAUCCAAUCAUGCCGGCAGUCGAUGCCUUUGGCCCUCUGUUCCCCGAGUUCGAGCCCGAGCCAUGUGGUGUCCACCGUGACGAUCGUGCCGGUGGGCGUCGGCGACCUUCCGGGCAUGUCCCGCCCUGCCACCUGCCUUUGCGCUCCGCGAUCUGCCCGGCUGGACCCUCCACUUUUUCGUUAUCCAACAAUGCUGCCGAGAGAAAACGCCUCCGUCCUUUCCUGCCCCGGCCGUCGGUCUUCGCUGCCAUCGCUUCCCUGAUCUUCGUGCCCAGCGCCGUGUUCCGUCCUGCCGCGGCCGCCGCUGUCCCCUUCGAAAACUGCCUGUCCGCGUCCUACAUCAACAACAUACCUACGCCGCUGCAAUGGGUCCCCCACUGGGUCGACGCCUCGUUCAACGCGACGGAUCCCAAGCACACGCUCCGUGUGACCAUGUGGGGAAAUGUGAAGGGCGCCUUCACAGACGUUGUGCUGCCGCCGCCCGAGAGUCCGGACUGGAAGGACUCGACCAAGACCGACGGCAAGAUCAUCGACGAGCCCGAGCCGGACGCGCCGUUCCCCAAAAUCACGACCCUCUACAGCAAGGUUAAUGUCCUGACCUACGAACCUUGGAGUGAUGGCACAGACUUUUGCAACACAUCGCUGACGAAUGCCUCGUGCCCGCUGGCGCCUGUCUUCGUCUCGCCCAACUCCAGUUUACUUCCGUACAUCCUGCCAUCCGUAACCAUGAGCAACGACUUCUACUCGUCCUACGCCUUCGCAUCCUUCACGACAACUUUCAUCAUCAUCUAUGGGGACGCCAAGGGCACCAACAUUGGCUGUGUCUCGGCUGCUGUGACGCCCGAUCUGGGGGACUUGGCUUGGUUGCUCAAAUUCCUGCCGUUGCUUGUCUUGUUGUUUGUGGGUGUGGCGACUGUCUUCGCCGGUAUCUUCAGCCCGUGGGGGGCCGCCGACAUCUUCCAGUGGAGCUCCAACUACGGUCGGGAUCCCGAUCUCCUCCGCCUCGUUACGCCUGGUUUUGGGGAUUGCCUGCAGUACAUCCAGUUCGUCGUCCUCACCGGAGGGCUCACUCUCAACUACCCGGGCUUCUACCAGCCAAUCGUCAGCCAGGGGUCCUGGGCGGCUUUGAUGUUCAACCAGAGCUUCGUGAGCAAGGAUCCGGGGUGGGUCAGCGUGCGGGAUGGCAUUUACAUCACGGAUGGUAUAUACGGUUUGCAGGAUCUUUCCCAGCUGGUCGGUAUGGGCACCGUCGACGACAUAUGGGCUGGCAUGAUGGUAUGGCUGCUCGUGAUCAUCGCCGGCAUGAUUGUGCUUCUUCAGGCAGGCUUUUUCGCCCAGUGGCUCUAUCGCUUCGUGAAGAAGAUACCCGAGGAGGACCUCCGUGCCAAGAACAUUCCUUUCACCCUGGGGAAUGUCAUCAGGAUUGUUUUCAACUAUUUCCUGCUGCCGAUUGUAGCGCUCUCGACUUUUCAGCUGGUCGUCGCCAGCGGUUCACCGGCCUACGCGGUCACCUUCGCCGUCGUUACCUUGAUUCUCAUCGUCGGUUUUGCAGCUUGGUUACUGUACCUCAUCGCGACCACAAAGCCGAGGGCAUUCUUGUUCGACGAUCUCCCGACACUACUCCUCUACGGUCCUCUCUACAACACGUAUUCCGACGAAGCCGCGGCCUUCACGCUGAUCCCGGUCCUUCUCACGUUCGUUCGCGGCAUCGCCAUCGGAGCUGUCCAACCUGCGGGGGUAGCCCAGGUGGUCCUCCUCGCCAUCUGCGAGGUGAUUCAGAUCCUGACCCUUCACGCGUUUCGGCCCUUCCACUCUCCCACGUCUAUGAACGCCUACCACACCCUUUUCUCCGCCCUUCGCCUCAUCACCGUCCUCCUGAUGGUAGCCUUCGUCCCUUCUCUUGGGGUGACGGAUGGCCCUAAAGGCUGGAUUGGUUACGCGAUCCUCGUCACCCACGCGGGCGUACUCGUUCUUGGCUUUCUCCUCAACGCGGUGCAGACUAUAGUGGAGGUUUUUGCCCGGAUGCUCGGAGCCGGCGGCGACGAUAUCCGCGGGCAGUCCAGGGGUGCUUUAUCCAAGAUUUUUGGGAUGCGUCAACUGUCGCGACGCAUGUCCCGGCGCGAGAACGGCCCAUCUAGGCAGAGUCAGCUAUCCAGCUCGGCGAUGCUUGACGCCGACGAGCUAUCCAGAACGGGAUACGUUAUGCCCAGCGGUCGUGUCCGGAGCGAAUCCGCCGGGAGUAUCGGGAUGCUGAUGCAUCGCCGCCAGAGAAGCUCAUCGGUUUUGGAUAAUCUGAGUCUUGAUACCCCGGCCCGCAAUUUCGACAGCGGCGCAAGCUCCUUCACCCCGACCACCCCGGGUGAGGCGAGUAACUUCUCCUAUUUGCCAUCACCCAAGCAGGUACUCCGACACCACGGCCCGUUCGGUAUGCAGACACCGGACCCCUAUUAUCGCCCACCGAGGCAGCGACGUCCGACCCUCGAUGCGCCGUCUUCACCCUCCUCCAACACGGUCGGGACUUGGCAAGCCGGCGAGUCGCCCCAGAAACGCCUUAGCCAGGCGGGGACCGGCACACUAGGAGAUCCCGCGGAAAUAGCGGCCCAGAUAUCAAGAGACGCGACGCCUGCACCCUACACUGUUCCUUUCGCCCCACGGGCCGACUAUUCGACCCGUGAGGUGGAUUUCUAUUACGGGGUUAGGGGCGAGCGGCUGAACUCGGACGCGCCGAACCGUAAACUGAGGACCGGCCCGGCCGACCCGACCCGGCCGGUACCAUCUACUACGGGCUGGUUCUGGGGUAUGUUCGGGAAUAAAGCAAAGGACAAGGGGAAAGGAUUCGAGGUGGUCAGGAGCUCACGGAUGCCGCCCGCCAUGCGAGCUGCGGGUGGUGAUUUUGAGGAUGAGCGCCCCCCGGAGGGGAUACCGGUCGCGAUGGGGGUCUUGCGGAACGGGCCUAUCGAAUCGGAUGAAGAGGACGAGGGGCGGGGAAACAAGGGUGCCCGUCCCUCACACGUAACGUCGCCGGAGCGGGAACCACUCAACGGCCGAAGGAGGUCCCGGGAGGAUAGUUCGGACGGCUUUGGCACCUCGAGCCCACCUCCAGCCCCAACCGCAUCCGGGGAUGCUACCACGGCAGAUUCCGCCAACAAGCCUAAUGAAACCCCACAGCAUGACGCGGGUGGCGAUCUGCGAGUCCCAGAUGUCCCCAGGAAGAGCUCCAAACGGAAUUCGUGGACUGGUUCGCAGAAAGGGGAUUCGCAGCUAUCGCAACCCGAGCCGAAUCGGCCGGCGAACCUCGCCCCAUCGGCCGCAACGCCGUCCCGGCUACCGUUUGAGCGGACCCCGUCGGGCUCGUCAGCUGGACUCACAGACGAGUUUACUCAGGUCGACCUGCAAGAACCCAACGGCGGGACAACUGCUGGCUACGGGUUCGUUAACAAGGGCAGCGUUAACAGAGUCGACCACGAUGUCGAUCUCUUGAGCAGUUCUGCUGAGCUGGUGGACGAGAGGCGAUAGGUGGGCCGACGAGCAGCUAGAGUUUCCGCCCGCCAUCUGGGGGAUUCUCGCCCCGUAGGCCCCAAGUUUUAUCGGCUGGUUUUCAUAUUGUGUUUUUUGGUCUUGGAACUCACUGAAGUGACGGCUGCAGACCUGUUCACGGAUCGGGCUAUGUUGGGUUUUUUUUGGUUUUUGUUUUGGAUGUUUAGCGACGGCGCACAAAAUAGGGGUGUCAAUAGGUCGGGGGUCGGAUUGUUCUUAUUGUCUGGUGGCGAAGUGGCAGAUAUAAUGUACGUACACACGCGGGAUACUUAGAAGAACCAAGGCGGCAAGGGUCGUAUAUUGUAACGGGUAAUUGACGAUUGUAUUGAGGCUUGC